AUGGCCAAAGAAAAUCAGCCAAAUCUACCAGUUGGAGUCCUGCCAAAGAACUUUGCCACCCUGUCGUGCAGACCACCAGUGUGCAAUCCGUAUCACUCCUCAAUUGGCGUUGGGGUAGAGGCCAACGUGCACAUCGAGGACGGUUACGAAGGUGAACUCGACCUGCCGGUUCCACUCAGCAAAGGAAUCGGAUAUCGACUUCCUAUCAGUGGCAAUUACCAUCGAGAUACGGACGAUAUCUCGGUAACUUAUGGACAGAAUCUCCAUCCUAUCGAUCCUCUUGUUUUUGCUCCCGAAGAAGACCUGUUUCAAACGAAGCGACGUCGUCGAGGUGCUGAUUUUUUAUUGGUAAGCAAAAACUUCUCACUUUUCAAAACACGGCAACCCCAGGGGAUUUUUGCGAUGAAAGGCAGAUGA